AUGGCGUCUGUGAGGUCAUUCCCCUCCAUCAAGGAGAUUAGGACGUUUGUCAUCGGCGGCGUCGGCUCCGGCGGCGACUACCACAAUGUCAAGGGUGGCCACUGGCUGAUUGACAGCCCCAUUUCCACGCCCUGCUCGCGAUGGGAGCAGUACCGCAACUCCAGAACGAGCUGGGGCAUCAACGUCCUGGGUUCUUUCUUGGUCGAAAUUGAGUCUUCAGACGGCACCGUCGGCAUUGCCACGGGCUUCGGAGGACCCCCGGCCUGCUGGCUCGUCCACCAGCACUUCGAGCGUUUCCUCCUCGGCGCCGACCCCCGCAACACAAACCUCAUCUUCGAGCAGAUGUACCGAGGCUCCAUGUUCUACGGUCGCAAGGGUCUCCCCCUCGCCGUCAUCUCCGUCAUCGACCUCGCCAUCUGGGAUCUCCUCGGCAAGCUGCGCAACGAGCCCGUCUACAGGCUGAUCGGCGGCGCCACCAAGGAGCGCCUCAACUUCUACUGCACCGGCCCCGAGCCCGUGGCGGCCAAGGAGAUGGGCUUCUGGGGCGGCAAGGUGCCCCUCCCCUACUGCCCGGACGAGGGCCACGCGGGCCUGAGGAAGAACGUCGAGUUCCUCCGCAAGCACCGCGAGGCCGUCGGCCCGGACUUCCCCAUCAUGGUGGACUGCUACAUGAGCCUGAACGUGCCGUACACGAUCGAGAUCGCCGAGGCGUGCAAGGACCUCAACAUCAACUGGUGGGAGGAGUGCCUGUCCCCGGACGACACGGACGGCUUCGAGCAGAUCAAGCGGGCGCACCCGACCAUCAAGUUCACGACGGGCGAGCACGAGUACUCGCGCUUCGGGUUCCGCAAGCUCAUCGAGGGCCGCAACCUCGACAUCAUCCAGCCCGACGUCAUGUGGCUCGGCGGCCUGACGGAGCUGCUCAAGGUGUCGGCCAUGGCGGCCGCCUACGACAUACCCGUGGUGCCCCACGCCAGCGGUCCCUACAGCUACCACUUCGUCAUCUCGCAGCCCAACACGCCCUUCCAGGAGUACCUCGCCAACUCCCCCGACGGCAAGAGCGUCCUCCCCGUGUUCGGCGACCUGUUCCUGGACGAGCCCAUCCCGACCAAGGGAUACCUCACGACCGCGGACCUGGACAAGCCCGGUUUCGGACUGACGCUCAACCCGGCCGUGAGGUCUAAGCUGAUCCCCGGCAAGGCGCUGCUGAGCACCAACAUUGAGAGGCCCUUGAAGACGGCGGAAGAGCAGGCGGCGGCGAACGGCACGAACGGCGCUUGA